UUAUGCUUGGCUCUUGAGGGAGCCUGUAACAUCAAAAUUAAUGCUUCUCAGUUGAAUUUUCCCUUUUUGUCCUGAACAAAUCUGAGAUCGGAAGACCCUUUUGUCUGAAAUUCAGUUUCAACAUGGUUGGUAUUUUCCCUAGAUUGUCUGUUGGGAAAGCCGGCCAUCGACAAUCCCAGAGUUCUCUUGUGGAAAGGGAAGCCGUGCCUCCGAAUCAGGAUGUCGUUGCACCGGCUGCGGCUACCGCUACGGCUCACGGAAUCGAAGUAGUGGUUGAGUUUAAACCGGUAGAACAUCCGAUUGAACCUUUGGACGACGACCGGCCGAUCCAAUGCCCGCUGCUCGAGCCUUCGAUUCUAAAUGAUGGAAGAAUAUGGAAAGAGCGAGUAUCGGCUACGGCCACUGUACGACGGAGAGCUGAUUUGCCGGUAAUGAAGGGUGGAGGCACCCUUACAUCAGAGACCGAAGCUACUACUGGAACCAAACCCCGGCCGGCCUCGAAUCGGAUGAUAUUGCCAUCUGUAAGCGCCCCGGAACACGAUUUAUUAAAUCUCCUCAAAGAAUGCAGUGCAUCUGGGAUCUAAGCCCUGCUAUCAACCGGAGCACACUUCACCUUCAUUCCAGUAAUUUGCCCAUCAUCUAUAAAUUCCUACCUGUAAUUUGUUUUUUGCCACCUAGUAAACUAUGCAGUCCCUUAUCUUUUCGUC